AUGUUCGAAGUGUCUUUUCCUACACCACGCCGUCCAUACGUUCUCAUGCAGCUGGGAUCUGAAACAAUCAGCUUCGACUCAUACGACGAAAGCCAGUUACCUCUGAAUGGCGCUCAGCUGUGUGACACGUUGAGAGCACUCGGCACAGAUAACCUUAUAUACCUGAUGAUGCUGGCGUUAUUGGAACAGAAAAUAUUGGUCCAUUCGCUGAGAUAUUUCGACUUAUAUGAAGAUCCGCCACCUGAUGUGACUUGCUUCGAUCUGGACACGGCCACGAUAAGUCAGUCGUUGAAUCGACAAACACUAAAACUGUCAAUUCUCCCGAAGAAACCAACGAAACAGUUGAAGGCUACCUUGGAUGAUCUAUUCAGAAGGUUGAAUAAAGAAGCCUUCGACCUUGGAAGCAAAAAAGCAGACUACGUUCCUGUAGAUCGUGAAAUGGUGAUACAAAAGAAGCGAAAAGAGCUGGAGAUGGCGAUCCACGACGCGUUUUUAAGUCAUUCAGGCCGGCCGGACCGAGGCGCAUUGAUCCAGCUACGGGACUUGAGCGUGAAUUCAAGUACGAGCGGUUUCCCCCGUCGUUUGGAUCCUGCAUUAUUUCAGCUGGAUCAACUGAAUUUAAAUCGCAGCGCAGAACACACUGUGCCAGUACAGUAUGAACACAACCGAUGUGCUGCUGUUCGUACGAAACCAGAAAUGAAAUCCUCCAUUCUUGCGGCGACCAACUCUGUGCGCACAAAUCCUUUACACUGGCCGAAGACGCUCCUUUUCUAUGCCUAUUCGUUAUGGUUUAUGCAGUUGCCUAGCCUCAUCUCCAUCGCCCCAAACAAGCGAAAAAUCUUGUUCUUGGCUUUUCAUGUAUUGGAUAGGAUGGAACAUACUGAAGUUUUUCCUCUUGAUCAAGUUUGCUACCGCAUCUUGAUUGAGCUUUGCGGCGAGUGCGGGGAGCCUUCGCUGGCUGUGAAGGUCCUUCAAGCAAUGCAUCGUGCUGGAGUUGAACAGAACGCAGUUACCUACGGAAUUUACCACCGCGCCUGUGUUGAACGCUAA